AUGGAAAACAAAGACCUGCACGGGAAUCAGCUGCAGCGGCUGCCAGGGUCCGAGCUGGCCGCCCUGCCGGACCUGCGAGUCCUCAAUGUCAACAACAAUGAGCAGCUGGCGCUGGAGCCAGACACGUUCGCCGCCAACGCGCUCCUGCGGGAGAUUGACCUGGGCGGCUGCGGUCUGGGUGAGGUGCCGCUGCUCGACCUGCCCCCUAGCGUCCGCAUCGUCAAGCUCUCCGCGAACGGCGUGCGCCGGCUGGACCGGGCCGCGCUGGCCCGCCUGCGGUACCUGCACGAGCUCGACCUGUCGCACAACCGGCUGGCCCGACUGCCGCCGCACGCGUUCGCCGCCCGCACCCAACUGCGCACGCUCAAGCUUCACAACAACCGCAUCACGUCGCUGGAGCUGGACCGGCUGUACAACCUGCGCCAGCUGGAGGUGCUCAAGCUGGCCAAGAACCGCAUCAGUCGGCUUUUCAAGGACGCCUUCCGCGGCCUGACCCGUCUGCGAGAGCUGGAUCUGAACCGGAACCGGCUGACGAUGAUCGACAGCCUGGUGUUCUCCGGCCUGGACAGCCUGCAGGUGCUCAAGCUGAAGCGGAACGGCAUCCAGCGGCUGAUGGACGGCGCCUUCUACCACCUGCCCAACAUGACCCAGCUCUUCCUGGACCACAACGCCAUCCGCAACGUGACCAGGGGCUGGCUGUUCGGCGUGCGGCGGCUGCGCCAGCUGGGCCUCAGCCACAACCGGGUCCACCUGGCGGACGUCGGAUGCUGGCUCUACUGCCGGCAGCUGUCGCGGCUGGACCUGGCGCACAACGAGCUCACUGCCGUGGACGAGCACACGUUCGCCAAGCUGCCCCGACUCACCGAACUCGUGCUGGACCACAACCGCAUCGCGCUCAUCGAGGAGAACGCGCUGCGCGACUCGCCCCGGCUGAAAGUGCUUGAGCUGAACAACAACCUGAUCUCGUCGACGAUCGAGGACCGGAGCGGGGCGUUCGCGGGACUGUCGGAGCUGACGCGGGUGGGCCUGCGCCACAACCGGAUCAUGUCCGUGAGCGGGCAGCCGUUCGCCGGCGCGCCCGCCCUGCAGGAGAUCGACCUGGCCGAGAACGCGCUCACCACGGUGCACGAGUCGUCGUUCAGCGGCCUGCCGCAACUGCGCACGCUCGUCAUCGACUCCAGCAGCCUGCUGUGCGACUGCGCCGUGCGCUGGCUGCCGGCGUGGGCGCGCGCCGCGGGCCACGCGGCCACCGUGACGGCGCACUGUCACCACCCGGAGCGGCUGCAGGGCCGGCCGCUGCUGGAGGUGCCGGCCGAGAGUCUCACCUGCCAGGACUCGCCCAAGCCGGCCAUCCGCCUGCAGCCGCGCACUGGCAAGACGCUGAAGGGCGAUAAUAUGACGCUAAGCUGUGAGGCCGAGUCGUCGGCAAACGACACGAUGCAGUUUGGCUGGCGCAAAGACAGCCAGCCGGUGCCGGUCGGUCGGGCCGUCACGCGCGCCUGGGCGCACGCCGACGGCCGGCCGGGCCGCGUCAUGCGCUCCGAACUGCGCGUGGCCAACCUGACGGACGCCGACGCCGGCCAGUACCAGUGCGUCGUCUCCAACAAGUUCGGUGUGACGUACUCUGACAAGGCCACCAUCGACGUGCACGUGUUCCCGGUGUUCACGCUGCGCCCGGAGAGUCUCCAGCUACGCGCCGGCAGCACAGCCAAGCUGGAGUGUAAGGCCAUGGGCCAGCCGGCGCCCACCAUCGCCUGGCAGAAGGACGGCGGCUCCGACUUCCCGGCCGCCCGCGAGCGGCGCAUGCACGUGCUGCCCUCCGAGCACGUGUUCUUCAUUGUGCGCGUGCAGCCGGCCGACCAGGGCACGUACACGUGCCGCGCGAGCAACGACGCCGGCGAGAUCCAGGCCAACGCCACGCUCAGCGUGCUAGAGGUGCCGUCGUUCGUGCGGCCCAUGGAGCACCGCCAGGUGGUGGCCGGCGAGACGGCCGUACUCGACUGCAUGGCUUCCGGCUCGCCGGCGCCGCGGCUCACCUGGACCAAGGACGGCGCGCCGCUGCUCGCCACAGAGCGACACUUCUACACGGCCGGGCAGCAGCUGCUCAUCAUCGUGCAGACGACGCCGGCCGACGCCGGCUCGUACGAGUGCCAGCUAAGCAACGUGCUCGGCGAGGAACGCGGCAGCGCCACGCUCACAGUGCUGCCAGGCCCAUCGUUCGGGCUGGACGACGACUCGACAUACGCCAUCAUCAUCAUCGCCGUCGUGUCGGGCGUGGUGGUUACCUCCCUCGUCUGGGUCAUCAUCAUCUACCACGCGCGCAAGCGCUCGCUGCGUCAGCUGCGCGCGCGCGCCGCCACCGCCGCCUUCGCCGCCGGCGCCGACCGGCAGCUGUCGCCGCCGCCGCCGCGCGCCGUGGCCGUCUACGCGUCGGGUGCGGCCGCAUCGCUGCUGGAGCGGCGCGCCUCCAGCGUGCAGCUGUACACAGGCGACGACGGCUCGGAGCACAGCAGCGGCAAGGACAGCGGCCAGGGCGGCCACGACGAGGCGACGCUGGAGGCGGUCGUGGCCGUCGCCGACUCGGAUGACGAGGGCGUGGGCGGCACGCCGCUGCUGGAGCGGCGGCCGCGCGUGCUUACGACGUUUCAGGGGGCGCUGGCGCCGGCGGCCGGCCGCGAGAGCCUGCAGACUGUGGUACCGCGCCACUUGUACACUGAGCGUCGGCUGCCGGCCGUCCGCGCCCGGCCCACUGAGGUGUGAGGGCCGCGCCAGCCGCGCGGUCCACGGUGUGCCAUCGUGUCUGUUUCGGGGCGGCGACCGUGGCGUGAGCCGCUCCUUCCCCUCCCUCCUUUCCCCCACCGGUGGCAGCUGGCUCGGUGUUGACUGUCUAGGCGACCUUCCUCGUAUUUAUUGCCGACGUAUCAGAUGACAUAUCUUCUUCGUCAACGCUUUCCGUGUAGUGCUCCGCCUUUCUAUCAGCUUUGCUGUCGUUACCGGUGCCGUGUUUUACCCUGUAGGCAGAAUGUUAUUGGUCGCUGUCACACUGUCAGCUGACCAGCGCGUGGCGCUGAUUGGUGUACCCAUUGUGACGUCGGCCCGCGCGUGACGUUCAUUGGUGUAGCUAUCGUGCCGUCAAUCGGAGCCUCCGGGAGGACGCUCCUUUGAUCUGGUGCAGCCAGGCUGCCCGAUCGCAAUGCAUGUGAUAUAUUAUUUAUGUACAAAUAGUUAUUAUGAGGUUUGAAUCCAGUCCAGACGUAACAUGAUGGUGCGUGCGCGCCGAAGCUGCGGUAUGGAGAGCGGAAGACGAGGAGGAGCCGAGUAGGUGUGUAGUGUAGCUGUUCGUGUGUCGACGUUGUAAUAUUAUUGAUUCGUGUACGUUGUGGGAGUGAAGGGCGCACGGAGGGUCCCGUAAAGUAUUUUCGUGGUCGAUGUGAAUAAGUGUGGAGAGAAGAGUAAUGUCUGUAAUACAGGAAAUCGUGACACUACA